AUGUCGACCAUCCCUGGCAGAGCUAUUCCGGAUCUGACUUUACAAAUGAUGGAAGGAUCCGCAGAAAGAGAUAUGCAUAUUGUGAUAGACACUUCUGAAAAAACAUUUGCCAACAACCUCCAUUUUAUUAUGAGCGCAGUGAUUGGCCCAGUUGUUUGCCUGUUGGGCAUGGCUGGAAAUAUUCUAUCCAUAAUCACGUGGCAACGACCUGGCAUGGGCGGCUCUACCGGACGGUAUCUGAUAGGACAGGGUGUGGCAAAUCUGUGCCUUCUCCUCAUGUUUCUACUGUGUGACUCGCUGCAGUACUGGUUGCCGGCCGUCAAGUAUUCGGUCAUCUACGGAGCUUUCUUCUCCUACUUCGGCUUCCCCGUGUUCUACUUGGCCAUCACCUGCAGCAUCUGGUACACGGUUGGGCUCACUGUGGAUCGGUACAUCAUGGUGUGUUGGAUCACCAAGGCCAAAAGACUCUGCAAUGAAGCUCGGGCAAACGUGGGCCUCGUCCUCAUCACACUCAACAGCUUCAUGAUCAACGUCCCUCACUUCGCCUCCUUCACUCCGGUUUUCUUGAAGCACAGCGGCGAAGUUAACAACAGCAACAUCGAGAAGCCCAAAGUGGCUUUCACUCAGACGAAUUUUGGAGCUGGAGAGGGCGGGAAGUUUUACGAGUUCUGGAUUCAUUGCAUUGUUCUGAUCCUGGUCCCCUGGGUUUCCGUCUUGUACAUGAAUAUUAUGAUUAUCCUCAAGAUAAGCGAAGCCAACAACAGAAUGGCGGACAAGAAGACUAGCCAAUCACUGAAGAAAUCAAAGGAGUCUGAGAAUCAGAUCACCCGUCUGCUCCUGUGUGUGACCUUUACCUUCCUCUUCUGUAUCGGCCUUCAGUGUAUUGCCCAGUGUCUAUGGAUGAAGAAGCCACCCGGGGCAAACCUGCUGAUGGUGUCGGCCUCCUACUCUUUCGGCAAAACUGGAAUCUUGUUCAAUUCAUCCUUGAACUUCGUACUCUAUUGUCUGACAGGCAAGAGAUUCCGAAUUGAGCUUCUGAAAAUGUUUGGCCUGAUCAACAAGGACCUACUAUUGUCCAGCAGCAUGAACACAUCGACCAGCAACAUUUCCACAACCUCCUCGGGGACACCAUCUUCCACUAGACCUGUGACCAAAAGCGCAUAG